CACAGGCAGAAGAAGCUAGCUAGCGAUACGCCGGCUGUAAGGAUGGAGGGGGACAGAAGGAAGGAGGGCGAGACGCCGCCGCCGGCGGUGAGAGGCGCGGCGUCGUUGGGCGUGUCCGUGCAGGAGUGGGUGCAGCACAUGAAGGCCAGCGUGGUGGGCGUGUGGCGGAAGGCGACGGCGAGGAGCGAGCAGGAGGCGGCGGAGGCGGACCUGCGCGCGGCCAAGGAGCAGGUGGAGGCCACCGACGAGGCCGAGGCCAAGAAGAAGCACCUCGCCGGCUGAUGGAGGUCGCCACGGCGCAGACUGCAGAGUGCAGAGUAACCCACUUUGUAGUAGAGUGGAAGUGUAGUUUGUUUACCUCUGAUAGACUAGUUUUACAUGUGUGUAUCUGAAACUGCAGCAUGUAUGUACUGAUGAUCUAGACCAAUCUCGACAGGCGUUCUACUGUAUGUUAUGCACCUUCAAAAAUUCUGCUGUCUAGCCGAGUACAUUCUGACGAAACACAA